ACAUGAGUAGAAAGAACGCGUUUCAAGGAAAAGGGGCGAUGUGUUGUACAACUGCUGGGGGCAGCAAGGAGCCAACGAUAGGGAAUUCGCCAAUGAAGAAGUGGAAAAGGAACGCAUGCGCACUGCGCUGACCUUCUGUGCUCCGUUGAAGCAUGGCGGCCCGAACAUUAUCAAGAGGGCUAUGGGAGCUUCUACGUCAUCAAAAUUGUAAUUAUUCCACGGCAGCGUCCAUUAAAACGCCACCACCGCAAAGCGAUGUCACGGCUGCCAUUAUGAAGGUUCCUCUGGAGAAGCCUGACUAUUUCCAUGUUUCCGAGCUUUUCACAGUCAAAGACUUGUUUGAUGCCAGAGUGCACCUAGGCCACAAAAAAGGAUGCAGGCACAGGCUGAUGGUUCCUUACUUGUACGGCUGUCGCUUGGACCAGGACAUCCUGGACUUGGACCAGACGGCAGAGCACCUGCGUCUGGCCCUCAACUUCACGGCUCACGUGGCGUACCGCGGCGGCGUGAUCCUGUUUGUCAGCCGGCGCCGUCAAUUUGGCCACCUGGUAGAGAGCACAGCGCGUGACUGCGGCGAAUACGCCCAUACGCGGUACUGGCAGGGCGGCCUGCUCACCAACUCCCACGUGCAGUACAGCAGAGGCGUUCGCUUGCCCGACCUGAUCAUCUUCCUGAGCACGCUAAACAAUGUGUUCCGCUCGCACGUGGCUCUGCGUGACGCCGCCAAGAUGAACAUCCCUACGGUGGGGGUGGUGGACUCCAACUGCAACCCCAGCCUGGUCACUUACCCGGUGCCCGGCAAUGACGACACGCCUGUCGCCAUAGAGCUCUACUGCCGCCUCUUCAAGAUGGCCAUCCGGCGCGGGAAAGACAAGAGGAAGCAAGUGGAGCUGCUCCACGGCCUGACAGUGCCUGAUUUGCCCAGUCCGUGAUUAUAUCGAUUUUGAGAAAUGACACUCGUCAUCGGUCCUGCUUUGUUUUUCAUUGUCUGUAUAUACUUUUAAUUAAAUACAUUUAUUUCGCACUGUGUUGGAUUAUUCAUGAAUCAUACACACAUGAUGUGUCAAAUCUAAUAAUAUUGAUGCUAUUACUGGAUUUUAUUU